CUUGCAACCGCGUGCGAGUUCGGAAACGUGGAUGCUGCUCGUCUGUUGAUUGACGCAGGAGCAGCCAUUGAUGUGCAAGAUGAAAAUGGUCAUACGCCGCUCAUUUGGGCCACCAGAGGAAACCAUACUGCCGCGGUGCAGUUGUUGUUGGACAGCGGUGCAUCGGUCGAUAUGGCGAACGAGGAUGGUUGGACGGCGCUCAUGCAGGCAUCGUGGAAAGGCCACUCGAACGUGGUUUCGUUGCUCUUGGAAAACGGAGCAAGCGUCGAUGUGCAACGUUCCAAUGGUUUUUCAGCGCUUGCAACCGCGUGC